CAUGAUUUAAAGUAGUUAGUGGCCCAAAGUGUUUGAUCCGGUCCAAUUAGAAAAUCACAUGCCCAAUUCAUCCGAUCCGGCAUCUCUCUCAACCGACUCAUCUCAGCCAGUCGGUCGUACGCUAUAUUGCUCUCGCCGUUUCCAGCUCCUCUUCCCCUUAGGUCGGAAGCAAUCUACAACACGCCGUUCGGUCUAGUAUCCCGAGACUAUAAGAGGAAGGCAGAGGAAGAACUGAGUUCAGUAGAAGUGACUGAUCGCUGCAAAGCCUUUUGCGACAGAUGAACAAGGCAGAAGAAAGUAACUGAAUCGCUGCCAGGCAUAUUGUGUACGCCUCGAUCGGUUUAUUUGUAAAAAACAUGUUUGAUAAUCUCGGAGCGCAACCUGGAGUGCUCAGGCCACCAACUAAUGUGCAGCAAAAUGCAUUUGGGAAUGCAUUCUAUGGCGCAGGGUCUGGUUUAAUAAGAGGCGGGUUGGGUGCUUAUGGAGAGAAAAUUCUUGGUUCAAGUUCUGAAUAUGUCCAAAGCAAUAUUAGUAGAUACUUUUCUGAUCCGCAAUACUACUUCCAAGUCAAUGACCAAUAUGUGAGGAACAAAUUGAAAGUUGUACUUUUCCCAUUCCUGCACAGGGGACAUUGGACAAGAAUCACAGAGCCAGUAGGUGGCAGGCUUUCCUAUAAGCCCCCAAUUUAUGACAUAAAUGCUCCAGAUUUGUACAUACCCUUUAUGGCAUUUGGCACCUAUGUUGUUCUUGCUGGUUUAUCAUUGGGUCUUCAGGGAAGGUUUAGCCCAGAAGCAAUAAACUGGCUGUUCAUGAAGGGUUUGGUGGGGUGGUUUUUACAAGUUACAUUGCUGAAGAUGACACUUUUCUCUCUUGGGAGUGGAGAAGCACCUUUGCUGGAUAUUGUCGCUUAUGCAGGAUAUUCCUUUGCGGGGUUGUCUAUAGCUGUCCUGGGAAAGAUCUUCUCGAGCUACUCGUACUACUUUUUGAUGCCAUGGGCGGGUCUCUGCAUGGGGGUAUUUCUGGUAAAGACAAUGAAGAGGGUGCUCUUUACUUAUGAUUCUAGUCGGCAUCAUUAUCUCCUCCUCUUCAUUGCCUUGGCUCAGUUCCCCCUUCUCUUUUGGCUCGGAAAUAUUAGCACUAGUUGGUUCUUAUGAAGACAUGAAAUGUAUGCAUGCUCACACAGUAACAGAAUGGGCAAUUUUCUUAGAUAAUUUUGUUCUUUUUUACAGUAAUAUUGUUUGGUGCUUUGACGAAUCUGUUACCUUGUAUCAUCUUUGUCCAACAAAAUGUACCAUGCAGCCAUGGACUUGCUCACUGUAUUUCACUUUCGAAUUUUUGCACCACAAAAACUCGUAGAUUCAUUUUUUGUACAUUAAAAUGUGUAAGCUAAUGGAUAUAUUUUGAGCUCGUUUGCUAGGCAUAUACUACAUUACUACGUAUAUACUUAUUGAGAGUAUAUUGAGAUUGAUUCGUUUUUGUACAAUAACGUUCUUUUUAAUAAAUUUUAAUUUGUGCUU